UUACUACCUAUCGAUUAUAAGUCUAAAUAUUAUUUAUGUAAAUUACCUAAUGCACAACAAUAAGACGUAAUAACACAUACUUCGUGGAGUUUAAUUGAGAAAAGAAAUAUUAAUGUAUCUUAACUGCCAUCUCCAUGACCCCAUUUUAUUAUCCAAUAUUUGAGAUGGUUAUUAAUUUUAUGAAGGGUGGUAUUGAAAUAUUUUCCCCCUCUAUUUUUGUAUUUUAAUAACGUCUGGUUUUUAUGAAUUUUUAUCAAUGUUUGUUGGUGUAUAUAGUAUAAAGUUUAAAGUAAAACAAAAACACUCGCAAGAUGUUUUUUUUUUGCAAUUCUACUAAGAUUUGUUUUCCUCUUUUUUUCGUGCAUUUUCAACGAUCCUUUUUGCGAGGGUAUAUUUUUUUCAAGAAGGGCGUGUCGUUGUGUAAAUUUUAACACUAUUUCAAUAUGCACAAGAUGUGUGUGAAUGGACACAAAAGUACUGUAAACUGUGAAGUGUUAAAAUAACCGUGAAAAAAAAAUUCAAAAUACCCCCUAUAACUCUAUGUCUAAUAUUAUUAUUAGAUAAUAACCAAUUACGGGGUACGUUGAGGGGUAGAAAAGUAGAAAUGUAAAUAUGAAAAAAAAACUUCUUCGAUCUACUCGACAUGUAACGCGUAACAUCGCUUGACCUGGCGUACCACCCUGUUACCGGCUCUGAAACAUUAAUCCGACACGGUUAUUCAUUAUUAUUAUGAAUUCAGGCACCUGUCAUUAUUCACCGACACGUAUUUAAACACACACGCGCCUGUAGUUUAGUACUUUGGCAAUUAUAGGAUUGUUCCCGAUUAAUAUAGCAUAGACGCCGAAUAAGUUAUUGUGAGCGUCCUAUAAAAACAUCGUGAUAAUUGUGAUUAAAUCGAAGUAAAUCGUCGUUCAAGCUGAACAGAGAAAGGUCUUGGUUGCCAGAGAUACGGGUCAACAGAAUGGACUUGGAAGACCGGAGAAUCCGUCGUAAGACACCAAAAAUCAAAUGUCACGAAAGAAAAACCAACCGUAAAGAAACGUAUAAUUGGAAGACCAAAGGAAAAAUAAAGUGCCCGGACAAAGGGACGACGAAAAUCCAAAAACCUGCUCAGAUCAACCCUCUAAUGACGAUACUGAUGAGUUCCCGGCCUCAACUUGACCAACCAACCAGCGAUGGGAUUUGUACCGAGAGAGUGCCUUUGACUACAUACAGGACCGUGGUGCUGGAACUUCCCGAAAACUUGCAGUACAAACCUGCCGUAAAGAAGUCAGCUCUCGCCUGCAAAUUAACAGCCCGCAAAUGCGUCGCGCCUGAUGCUAAUAAAUCGAAAUUGAGCUUGAGAUGGUAAAUGUACGUGUCGUAAAAAUAAUGAUUAUUUAUAAUAAGAAUCAGCGAUUAAGUCGUGUCCUUAAUAAACGUGGUCGGUUUUU